ACACAGUGAUGUUUUUCUAGUGCGUUUGAGCUUAAAAGGAGAGUUUCUCCUGCCCGCGUGUACUUCAGUGGAACCAUGAUGGAAGCUGUGGUGCAAGCGGCCGUGUUUGGGCUGCUGCUGGCCUCGGCCCCCACACUGGCAGACAAGGACGACUGGGACAUCUACAGCUUUCACAUCAACUCAACAGUGUCCAGUCGUUAUGCAACCACUGUCAUCACAAGCCGCGUGGCCAACCGCAUGAACCAGUCCAAGGAAAUCGAAUUUCACGUCCGGAUCCCCAAGAACGCCUUCAUCAGUAAAUUCAGAAUGCUCAUAGACGGACAAUUCUACGACGGCGUUGUGAAGGGCAAAGAGAAAGCUCAGCAGACGUACACGGAGGCCGUGUCCCGGGGCCAAAGCGCCGGCCUGGUCAGUUCGGUUGGAAGGACCCUGGAGGAAUUCAAGACCGCUGUGACCUUGGCUGCUCACAACAAGGUGACCUUUGAACUCACAUAUGAGGAGCUGCUUAAACGGAGGCUCGGCAAGUACGAGCUGCAGAUCCACGCUCGGCCCAUGCAGCCUGUCAAGGACUUCAAGGUUGAUGUGUACAUUAACGAGAAAGCAGGCAUUAAUUUCAUGGAGGUCAAGGGAGGACUGAGCACCAAAGCGCUGGCUAAUGCUAUCACCAGAACACAUGUGGACAAACAGGCCUGGGUGUAUUUCUACCCGACAGAGGACCAACAGAAAACAUGUGACAGCUGUGGAGAGCAGGGCAUGAAUGGGGACCUGGUUGUUGUUUAUGACGUCAACAGGAACCCGUCACUGGGAGACAUCAAGAAAUCCGAUCGCUACUUUGUUCAUCACUUUGCUCCACUGAAUCUUGCCAGCAUACCAAAAAAUGUUGUCUUCGUUAUCGACCAAAGUGGCUCAAUGCGCGGCAGAAAAAUGCAACAGACACGGACAGCUUUAAUCCACAUCUUGGGUGACCUGGCGGAGGAGGACCACUUUGGUCUCCUCACUUUUGACAGCGAAGUGUUCCACUGGAAGCUGGAGCUCGUGCCGGCGACCGGGGACAAUCUAGAGAGUGCCAAGAAAUUUGCGCGUGAAAUUGUCGAAAGAGGAGCCACCGACAUUAGCGCAGCAGUGCUGGAGGGAGCACGCAUGCUGAAUGCACAUCCCAGAGAAGGUUCCGCGUCUCUCCUCAUACUUCUCACUGAUGGAGACCCUACCGCAGGAGAGACAAACCCUGAGGUCAUCCAGUCAAACGUCAGACGUGCCAUCGUGGACAAAUUUCCUCUCUACUGCCUUGGUUUUGGUUUUGAUGUUAACUUUAAGUUCCUAGAGAAGAUGUCGCUGCAGAACAACGGUGUAGCACGGCGUAUUUAUGAGGACUCGGACGCUGACUUGCAGCUGACGGGUUUCUACAACGAGGUGGCCACUCCUCUGCUGACAGACGUCACAAUGAUCUAUUCUGGUGGGGCCAAUCUUACCCAGACUAACUUCAGCCAGUACUAUAACGGCUCCGAGAUUGUGGUGGCCGGUCAGAUCACGGACAACGGCAUCGAGACCUUCACCCCACAAGUUGUGGCCAUUUCACGCAACAGAAGGGUGACGUUUUCUGACACGCACGCCAUGGUGGAGUCGGAGGAAGAGGCGUCGGACAGCUCCGUCCGACGGGUUUGGGCCUAUCUCACAGUCAAACAGCUCCUGGAGAAAGAGCUGGUGUCGUCUGGACCUGAGAAGGAGAAGGCCAAGAAAGAGGCCCUGGAGCUGUCGCUGAAGUUCAGCUUUGUAACCCCAUUCACAUCAAUGGUGGUCACAAAGCCUCAGGGGGAGAACAGCGAUGUGCUCCACAAACCCAGGGAGGGGAAAAAACACGAGGGGAGAAGAAGGAGUUUUCUUCAUUCGAUGCCGCACAGACCCACAAGGCCGAGCACCAGUGCUUUAGUUACGCAACACAGAUUGCAUAGUCAGUCAGGAUUCAUCAGUUUACCAAAUGAGAACACCGAAGUAUUUGUGACUGGUUCUGAUCAUCGUCAACACGGACAACAAGGACAUAUUCGGCGAGUUUUGGUAGGUGCAUCUCUUGUCGAUGGAGCAUCAGGUCGCAGAGGAUCAGCUCAAGGGAGGAUGCAGGCGGAAGGAGGCAGGACUCAAGACGCAGGAUUCUCACAAAACGCAGCAAGGAUUAUUGCCCCACCACCCGACUACGAGGCUUUUUUGGUCUCUGCAGAUUUACAUGACACCCCCGACAUGUUUCCCACUAUCGUGACACCCCACGCUACUGAAGCUCCACUUUCUCACAGAUUUUUGCAAAAAACUGAGAAUCUCUCUCUUCCUCUGUGCUUUGAUGUCACUGGGAAAGUUCAACUUAAACUACUUCACCAUCCCAGCGAGGAGCUGUUUGUGAAUGGUCAGCUGGAUUCGGUAAGGAAUGGAGGCUUCAGAAGGAUUACCAUUCUCUUGAAGACUGACCUGCAGGUUCAGAUUGACACUGAAAAAAUCCUUGUGAUAGAGGGACAGAGAAUUUCAGGCCUCCUGGGAUACAUUUCCCACACAGUUGGAAGUUUGACGUUGGUUAGCCGGGAGAAGGAAAUAGACGUUGCUGUUGGAGACACGCGCAUUGUCAUCGCAAUUCACAAGGAGGGUGGCAAAGACUUCCUGUGGCCCAUUUUGAGACAGCGGCCGUUAGAUGACAACGUUUCAGGAAUUUUAGCUCUAAAGCCAGCAGUUUAUGACGAGGUGCAACAAAGUCCCUCAACAAGACUUCAGAUCAAAGGCCACGACUAUGAUUCUACCAGGGCCAGUGUUGUUGACCACAGUAUCGACCCGCCGCCCACUUACGACUGCUGGCUCAUGUCUGCUGAGUCUGUCCUGCAGAGAAGCCUGGAUGACUUCAUUGUUGCAUAAACGUAACAAAUGUAAAUGUUUUAUCGCUUGUAAAGAUUUCAUUUGAAAUAAAAAAUGAGUCAAACACAAAUUGAACAAUCACCAGUGACUCACAUGAACCAACACAAUUGACCGGAUCUCUGGUUAUCUUGUAUGACCUAAAUUUAAUUUACACAGAUUAUUCCUAUUAUUAUCAUAUUAUCCAUCAUAUUAUCAUGUUUAAUUAGUUUGGAACAAUUCUUGAAAUGUAGUUAAUACUUCAACAAUAAAAAGAGAAGAAGAAA